UUCUGGCAUAAAGCAUGCUUCCAUUGCGAGACCUGCAAGAUGACACUGAACAUGAAGAACUACAAGGGCUAUGAGAAGAAGCCCUACUGCAACGCACACUACCCCAAGCAGUCCUUCACCAUGGUGGCCGACACUCCGGAAAACCUCCGCCUCAAGCAACAGAGCGAGCUCCAGAGUCAGGUGCGCUACAAGGAGGAGUUUGAGAAGAACAAGGGCAAAGGCUUCAGCGUGGUGGCAGACACACCCGAACUCCAGAGAAUCAAGAAGACCCAGGACCAGAUCAGCAACAUAAAGUACCAUGAGGAGUUUGAGAAGAGCCGCAUGGGCCCCAGUGGGGGUGAGGGCCUGGAGCCAGAGCGCAGGGACGCCCAGGACAGCAGCAGCUACCGGCGGCCUCAGGAGCAGCAGCAGCCACCUCACCACGUCCCGACCAGCGCCCCUGUCUACCAGCAGCCCCAGCAGCAGCAGGCCACCCCAGCCUACGGUGGCUACAAGGAGCCUGCAGCCCCAGUCUCCAUACAGCGCAGCGCCCCAGGCGGGGGCGGGAAGCGGUACCGUGCGGUGUACGACUACAGCGCCGCCGACGAGGACGAGGUCUCCUUCCAGGAUGGGGACACCAUCGUCAACGUGCAGCAGAUCGACGACGGCUGGAUGUAUGGGACCGUGGAGCGCACCGGCGACACGGGGAUGCUGCCGGCCAACUACGUGGAGGCCAUCUGAGCCCCGCAGUGCCCUCCCCACCCAGUCUUCAGUGCAUUCCAUGACAUCGCAUCCGUCCCGGGACGUGACCCAUCCACCCUUCAGUGUCUCUGUUUCUUAAGAUCUGCGAUGGCUUGUUUAUUCCCA